CCUAAAUUUGUCCACUAGGGUUUGAAUUUUGAAAAUUUCCAGUUUAUUUUCUCUCUACCAUUUUCCCCUCUCUUUCUCUUCCUUCCCAGACAACGGACGACACUAAUUAACCUUAGAGCUGAGAAGAUUCCGAAUCGGAUCUCAGGCGGGCGAGUUAAAGCUUUGACGAUGAACCAGUACCACAUAUACGAAGCGAUUGGGCAUGGCAAAUGCUCGACUGUGUACAAAGGAAGGAAGAAGAAGACGAUCGAGUAUUUUGCCUGCAAGAGUGUCGACAAGUCGCGCAAGAGCAAGGUUCUUCAAGAGGUCAGGAUCCUUCACUCGCUAAAUCAUCCAAAUGUACUCAAGUUCUAUGCGUGGUACGAAACUUCUGCUCACAUGUGGUUAGUUCUGGAAUACUGCGUUGGGGGUGAUCUCAGGACGUUAUUGCAGCAGGACUGUAAGCUGCCAGAAGAUUCAGUCUAUGGUCUUGCCUAUGAUCUUGUCAUAGCCUUGCUGUUCUUACAUUCGAGAGGAAUUACAUAUUGUGAUCUGAAACCUUCAAACAUCUUACUUGAUGAAAAUGGACAUAUUAAGCUGUGCGAUUUUGGGUUGGCAAGGAAGCUAGAUGAUAUUACUAAAUCUCCAUCCACGGGAAAACGUGGAACUCCGUAUUAUAUGGCUCCAGAACUAUAUGAAGAUGGAGGGGUUCAUUCUUUUGCUUCCGACCUAUGGGCCCUUGGCUGUGUGUUAUAUGAAUUUUACACUGGGAGACCUCCUUUUGUGGCAAGAGAGUUCACCCAGCUUGUGAAAUCCAUUCAUUCAGAUCCAACUCCUCCACUCCCUGAAAAUGCAAGCCGUUCAUUUGUCAAUCUCAUCGAGUCUCUUCUUAUCAAAGACCCAGCUCAAAGAAUACAGUGGGCAGAUCUCUGUGGUCAUGCAUUUUGGAAGAGUAAGAUAAAUUUAGUACAGUUGCCUCCUCAGCCUGCUUUUGAUAAUAUGAUUGGCAUAUACACAAAGCCAUGUCUUUCUGAGCAUAACGGAGACAGACCAUGCAAGACCCCUCCAAAGUCUCGGGAGAAAGAUCCAAAAGGUGGUUCAAAGCACAAGGAAAACUCCACUCAAGGUUCAAGGGGCCAUGAGACGCCACAAAAGGGUACUCCUGUUGGUUCAAAAACACAAACAAAGCUUCAUAGUAAGGCAACUCAGGAAAAGCAUGGAGGUUGUCCGGGUGCUAACCGACAGGUGAAUAUUCUAAGAUUGUCCAGGAUAGCAAAGGCAAAUCUCCAAAAGGAAAAUGAGAAGGAAAACUACAGGAGACCCUUACCUAAUAGCAACGAGAACUGUGCUGAAGUGAAGAUCGAUAACACUGAUAUGGAACUUGAUUUUGAUGAAGACAAUGAUGAGGAUGGUCCAGAUGAAUUAGAAGGAAAUGAGAACACCUCUGGUGCACAAGAUGAAAGAGUUUUGAGUCACAGAAGGCAAGGAGUUAGGAGCAAUAAUGUGCUUGAUGAGAACUCGUCUGCGAAUGAAACACCAACCUCGGGAACCUCGGGUGAAGCCAGAGAUUGCCAUGAAGAGCAGUCAGAACCUAUUGAAGUGUCAGCUGCGCUACCUAGUGCUAGUCCUCAAGUCAAAACUCAUAGAGGAAGAGAUGUUUCUGGGAUUAAUGUUCACCACGACUCGUCUAAAUCACCUAAUAGCCUCAGUGACGUCGUUUGGCAUUUAUCUGAUCUUUCUGUUAGACCCGUCAUGCCCAGCAGAAAAUCUGACAAAGAAGCUGUGCCUUCUCUCUCAUUCGAAGCACCACAGCCUUCUGAUUUUGGUAAGAUGGGAAAGCAAGAACUUGAACCGCUUAACAAUAGAAUCAUAACGGUUCUAAGUGGGAGUAGUGCUGGCAUCUCAGAGAAACAGAAUUUGAUCAGAUACCUCGAGGCACUGAGUAGCAAUGCUGAUGCAGCCAACAUAUUGACCAACGGGCCAAUAAUGCUUGUGCUUGUUAAAGUUCUGCGAUUAUCCAAGACCCCGGCGUUUCGUGUACAAAUUGCUUCACUAAUUGGUUUGUUAAUUCGGCAUUCUACUGCUAUUGAAGAUGAGUUGGCAAAUUCUGGUAUCUUAGACUCUCUUACCAAUGGCCUCAGAGACAAGCAUGAAAAAGUGAGAAGGUUCUCUAUGGCAGCCCUAGGUGAAUUGAUGUUCUACAUCUCAACUCAAAAUGAGCAUAAGGAUUUCAAACCAACAGAAUUCCCAUCCAAAGAAACCCGGUCUACAUCGGGUUGGCAGGUUUCAGGUGCCUUGAUCUCUCUUGUAUCAUCUACCUUACGCAAAGGAGAAGAUGACCUGACUCAGCUCUACGCUUUAAGGACAAUAGAAAACAUCUGCAGUCAAGGUGCUUACUGGGCCACCCGUUUCUCUAGCCAAGAUUUGAUAAGCAAUCUCUGCUAUAUCUACAGAGCAGCUGGUAAACAAGAGAGCAUGAGGCAGACUGCUGGAUCAUGUUUGGUCCGUCUUUCUCGUUUUAACCCUCCUUGCAUUCAGACGGUUGUAGAAAAGCUCUCAUUGAAGGAAAUAGCUUCAUCUUUCGUCAAAGGUAGCGCACGGGAGCAGCAAACUUGCUUAAAUCUUCUGAAUAUGGCUAUGAUUGGAAGUCACACGUGCCCAAGCUUUGGAAGGCAUCUUGUGUCAUUGACAGAGGAGAAAAAUCUUUUCCCUAGUCUGCUUUCCAUCUUAGAGCAAGGAACUGAAGUUCUGAGGGAAAAAAAUAGUAGGCGGUGGCUAACAAAUUUCUUUUGCAAUACAAGAUUUCUUACCGUGGUGGACAGAUUAGCCAAAGAAAAAGACACUUAUGUGCAACAAUGUCUUGAGGCAUUCGUGCAUGUCAUUGCCUCCAUAAUACCGGGUUUGCUGGAUACGAUAACCAGUGAUAUCCAGCAGCUAAUGACAGGAAAACGCCAUGCACCUGUUUCUCCCCUUAAUGGUCGAGCUGCUCCAAAGACUAAUCUACACUUGUUUCCUGUGGUUCUUCAUCUUCUUGAAAGCUCUUCGUUUAAGAACAAAAUGGUAACCCAACAAAUCCUGCGCCAGCUGGCAAAUGUUACAAAAUUUGUGGAAGCCUCAUUUCAGGGAAGAGAUGACUUCCGUAUAACCCUUCUUCAAGUUCUAGAAUGCAUAGCAGAAGACGCUCCUCUGGUUACACAAAAUGCUGAUAUUAUUUUCCGUGAGAUUCUCCCAUCUCUGGCUGCAAUUUACAAUGGGAACAAAGAUGGGGAUGCUCGGUUUCUCUGUUUGAAGAUCUGGUUCGAUACAAUGACAUUUCUCUUAACCGAGUGCACAGACAUCGAACAACAAACCUCUGAGGAUUUGAAAUCAGUAUCCAACUCUCAUUUCCUCCCACUCUACCCUGCACUGCUCCAAGACGAAGAUCCAAUCCCAGCUUACGCACAAAAGCUCCUCCUCAUGCUAGUUGAGUUUGACUACAUCAAAAUCUCCAGCAUUUUGCAACAGAACACAGUUUCACAGUGCUUCGAGUUUCUUCUCGGAGACUUGUCAAGCGCGAAUGUGAACAACGUCAAGCUCUGUCUCGCCUUGGCCUCAGCUCCAGAGAUGGAAACUAAACUACUUUCUCAGCUCAAAGUAGUGAGGAGGAUCGGGAACCUGCUAGAAUUUGUGAAUGCCAAAGACAUGGAAGAUUUCCUUGAGCCUACUUUAAGUCUCUGCAGAGCUUUCUUGUUAAGGUCACUUGGGAACAAGAAAGGUCUCCGCUCAAACUACACGAAAGAGCCAACGCUAUUAUCAGAGGCAUCUUUCACAUUCGAGGUCGAUCCACAAGAAUGUAUAAGAGACAUUGCAGACUUCGGUAGCAACAUCGGCUUGCUCUUGGACCUCGCGGCCUCAGAUGACACGAGCAUCACAGUAGCAGAUAUUGCCUCUGAAUGCGUCGUGUUGCUACUUAAGACUGCUUCGAGAGAAGCCGCCACGGGGUUUUUAACCAAUCUUCCUAAGAUCACACCGAUCCUCGACUCGUGGCGCAGGAGGAAGAGCACGGAGACACAAGUGUUGGUAUUGACGAGAAUCUUGCAUUGUUUGGGUUAUGCGUGCAAGCAGUAUCUAUCGCAUGCCAUGAUUUUGUCGAUAUCAGGAUAUGAUAUCUAUAAGAUCAACGCCAUUGUCUCUGAGAUCAAGAACUCAGACGUCGCGGGUCUUAACAUCGUCGCUUCGCUAGUUGCUGUGGAGUUGCAGAGGUUGCCUCGUUGAGUUUUGGACUAUUCUGAACCAAGGUAGCAGUUUAUGAUAACGAUUCAAGUCUUUUUAUUGUUAUUUGUACAAUGCAAAGUAUGUCUACAUUCUCGUUGUUAGACUAGGAGUAAGCUGUAGCUUUUGAAAAUGCAAAGUAUAUCCAGGCUUUUGCCAUUUUCUCGAGGAGCUUUGAGACGAGAAUUGCUUGUGAAUAAUUUAUACAACAUUUUCACAAGUAUUUUGUAGAAUUUUGUAAAUUGUGGUUUGUGUAU